GGAACUGGUCUGACGAGAGAAUGGCAAUCCUGCCUCUAAACUGUCACUAGCGCUGCUGACGAUGAACCCUCCGCAGCUCCGGGCCCAAAGGCGAAACCCCGAGCAAGAGAAUGUGAAGACAUAUUUCAGGACAUUGUGAGUGCCACUAAAGAUGUCUGAUAGUGUUGAUAUUGAAGAGAAACCACCAGCCCCCCCCUUGAGAAUGAACAGUAGUUCCCGAGACUCUUCAUUGUUGAAUCACGCCUCUAAACCGCUUCCAAUGGCUCCUGAAGAGAAAAACAAGAAGGUCCGCCUGCGCUCCAUCUUCCCCGGGGGAGACAAGACAAACAAGAAGAAGGAGAAGGAGCGUCCUGAGAUAUCCCUCCCCUCGGACUUUGAACACACCAUUCAUGUCGGCUUUGAUGCUGUAACGGGAGAAUUCACAGGUAUCCCGGAGCAGUGGGCGCGGCUCCUACAGACCUCCAACAUCACCAAGCUGGAGCAGAAGAAGAAUCCACAGGCCGUGCUGGACGUCCUGAAGUUCUACGACUCCAAAGAGACCGUCAACAACCAGAAAUACAUGAGCUUCACCUCCGGAGACAAGUCGGCACAAGGGUACAUAGCCGCAAACACUCUGAACCGGCUGCUGUCAUCUGGGCCUCCUGUCAGCCUUAGAACCUGCAGCGCAUUAUUUGACAAGGGUGCCAAAACAUCGUCGUCAGAGCCCCCGAUCGCUCCACCUGUGUCCGAAGAGGAGGAUGAGGAAGAGGAAGAAGAAGAAGAGGAGGAGGAGGAGGAAGACGACGAGGACGAAUUGCCCCCCGUCAUUGCACCUCGGCCCGAGCACACCAAAUCUAUCUACACGCGCUCCGUCGUGGACCCACCAAAGCCUCCCACCCCUGUGAAAGAAGUGGUGACCCCGCCGGAGUCACAGGUCCAGCCGGACAACACGUCCAAUACGAUGUACCGCAACACUGACCGCCAGAGGAAGAAGUCCAAAAUGACAGACGAGGAGAUUCUGGAGAGACUCAGGAGUAUUGUGAGCGUGGGGGAUCCCAAAAAGAAGUACACACGCUUUGAGAAAAUAGGACAGGGAGCAUCCGGCACUGUGUACACUGCCAUCGACAUAGCAACAGGCCAAGAGGUGGCCAUUAAGCAGAUGAACCUGCAGCAGCAGCCCAAGAAAGAGCUGAUCAUCAAUGAGAUCCUGGUGAUGAGGGAAAACAAGAACACCAAUAUUGUGAACUAUUUGGACAGUUACUUGGUAGGAGAUGAGCUCUGGGUGGUGAUGGAGUAUUUGGCCGGCGGCUCUUUGACAGAUGUAGUGACGGAGACCUGCAUGGACGAGGGCCAGAUCGCUGCGGUCUGCAGAGAGUGUCUUCAAGCUCUGGACUUCCUUCACUCCAACCAGGUGAUCCACAGAGAUAUAAAAAGUGACAACAUCCUCCUGGGGAUGGACGGAUCCGUCAAGCUUACCGACUUCGGGUUCUGUGCCCAGAUCACACCAGAGCAGAACAAGCGCAGCACGAUGGUGGGAACGCCCUACUGGAUGGCACCGGAGGUGGUGACUCGGAAGGCUUACGGGCCAAAAGUGGAUAUCUGGUCCCUGGGAAUCAUGGCGAUAGAGAUGGUGGAGGGAGAGCCGCCCUAUCUGAACGAGAAUCCACUUAGGGCGCUGUACCUGAUAGCUACCAACGGGACUCCAGAGCUGCAGAACCCAGAGAGGCUGUCGUCUGUGUUCAGAGAUUUCCUCAACCGCAGUCUGGAGAUGGAUGUGGACCGCAGAGGCUCUGCCAAGGAGCUCCUACAGCAUUCCUUCCUCAAGCUGGCGAAGCCUCUAUCCAGCCUGACGCCUCUGAUUGUAGCUGCGAAGGAAGCCAUAAAGAACAGCAGUCGCUAGGGGCGUGGCCUCUGUCCGCACCCAAGGCUGGAGCCCCGUCUGUGUCGUGUCCGUUCAUGGGGGCAGGG